ACGCGCUUGCUGCAGACGUUACGAAACUGAAAGGGUUCUCGCUGAAUCACAAUAGGCAGCGCAAUAUAAACGCGCACGCGGAACUGAAUAUUUCUAUAAAGAUCUAAAACAACAGCCAGAGCUUAAGCAGGAUUAUGGAGGAAUCUUUCGCGUUCUCUAACUAUUCGUCAAAUGGAAAAUCGCCCGGUGAAGGCUGCGUGUUGCCUCAAGCACAUGCUAUCGCUAUGUUUGUGAUAAACAUCCUGUUCAGUGCUUUAGGGACGGUCGGCAACUUGUUGGUAUGUGGAGCAGUUCUUAGUACACCUACACUACGCCGUAUUUCAAAUUAUCUUAUUUGCAGUUUGGCCGUGGCUGAUUUGUUCAUCACCAUGAGUGGACAGCCCCUUCUGGCCGUCAUGUUAUGGGGUAGACUCCAUGCUGUUUGUUAUGAUAAAGUAGAGUUGGCGUUCCGUGCUAUUGGCAAUGUGUCAUGUGCUGCCUCAUUGCUUUCACUUUGUUUCAUCAGUAUUGAUCGGUGCGUUGCCAUCUCUAAACCAUUUCGUUAUAAUACUAUUAUGACGUAUUGGAAGCUCGGCCUGAUGUUGUUAUUUGCCUGGGGUUUCCCUUCAGCUUACACAUACGUGCGCCUUCAAGUCAGCAAAAAGAUUACGUCAUACAUUACAGUGGGCAUGUUUGGCGCGGGUUAUGCCGUGUUAGCCGGCUGUUAUAUCGUAAUUUUUAUCAAAACUCUAAAACAAGCCAAAGAACGAAAGCGACUCUUGGGGUAUCAGAGACAAAAGCAGUCUAUUGUGUCACAGAGAACCGAGCGGAGACUGGCCACAACUAUCUUGCUUAUCAUUGCGGUUUUCACCGUAGCCUGGGCACCACUGUUCUACCUACGAGUCAAGCAACCCAAGAAGAAUUAUGGGAUAGCUUACGACUGGGCCCGCACCAUCGCCCUGAGCUCGUCAGCGGUGAAUCCGGCACUAUAUUGUCUGCGAAAUGAAGAAUAUCGUAAGGCUUUCAAGCGAAUACUUUUACUGCUGUUCUGCUGCAAAGGGAAAAAGGGUCAGGUGGAAAUCACUCGCAAGCGAGCCCCUACACAACGCACAGCAUCCACAAGCCUUCCACAGUAAAAAAGAACUUAUGAUGGCGAGAGUCGCGCGAACCAGCGUAUACAAUAUCUAUCGACGUAACCAAGUAGAACGAGACACUGUCAAGAGGAGGGUGGGUCAAUCUAGCAGUCGCGUACACAGGGGGGUGCAGGGUGCGCGCACCCCCCCUCCCCUUGGCGGCCAAAAGUGGGUCAUUUCUUAUUAAGGAAUCUUCAAAUACUAUGCUUUUUCCAUAUGAUACCUAUGACUGCGUACCUCCCCUCAGCCAAUCCUGGGUACGCGCCUGAUCUAGCGCACAACACCCACAAGCGUACUCCCUUUGAAAUAAAACACUGUCUAGGAUAGAGUGAAGCCGUACGCCAACACAGCGCACGAAUUUCUCAAGCAAGCAUAAGCACUGUCUGUGAGGUGCUAUUUUGGCGCCGAUACAUCAAUUUGAUAAACAGUGCUCGACCAAGUAAAAUAAAAUGAUGUCAAAGGGUAAGGCGAGGCCAUGUUUGAAAAGAUGCGAUCGACGUCCACAGCCAACCCCAAUGAGAUGCGGAAAAAUUCUGACAUAGGUAUGGUGAUGCUAUUUUUGAGAAUAAGCACACUAAGACGUCAUUAGCCUACCCCCAAUGAAAGAGGAAAAUACUGUCAUGGGUAGGGUGAGGUUAUGCGUGAGAAACAGCGCGCGAAGACGUCAUUAGCCUACCCCGAAUGAAAGAGGAAAAUACUGUCAUGGGUAGGGUGAGGCUAUACGUGACAAGCUCGGCAUAUUUGAUUCCCCUACCCCUCACUGGAUGGGAAAUUGCUGGGUUGAUCUCAUCGCACAAAGCGCGGCAUUCUCUGGUUAGAAACUUGGAUCAGACGAGGACCGGACGACGCGACUACAGGUAGAGACUAAGACUUUAUUAAAACAAUUUAUGAUUGCUACAUUGUCUUAUAAAAUGAUUAAUUGAAUGUUAUUCUAAAAUAGUGGCAAUAGUCAAUUAAAAGCGAUUACGUGGCAUGAUUGUACAUAAGACAAGAUUCUCUCAAGCAUUCUAUUUUUUAUUUUAAAUGCCGGUGCCUGAUGAAUUGCAUAAUGUAGAAGCAAAACCACGAAGAUUUAACGUGCACCGUCAAGAAUGCUUAUUUACAUAGACUUAAAA